GAAAUAUGUACACAGUAAACCUUUUGUUGAACUAAUAUAUCGAGAAUAUACAUAUAUUUUAAAGUUUUGCGAUGGAGCCAGCUAAAGUAAUUGGAAAACUGAAGGAGCAAGUGCACAUGGAACACAACUCGCGCCGGAGUUUUCCAAAAGUCUGGGCCCAAAUAGCAGACAAGCAAACUAACAAAUUCUACCACCAAAAUGAGAUUGAUUCUCAAUUAAGUGAACAGCUUAAACUUAAAGACUUGUGCUCCUACCUACACAACAACCAGGGCGAAUGCAGAUUCGUAUCUCCAGAGAUGUACAAAAACUUAUUGGCUGUAUGUCGUUGCGGUCGAGCUCGGCAAGGCCAUCAUGUCGGCAAAUGCCUACAGAGAGCGUUAAGUCCAGAUUACGACCGAUCCAAGAUACAAUCGAAUCAACCGUUGAGAGUGCCUUGCACUUCAAACUCUAGCAUUGGUUUUGUUGGAAUCUCGAAAAGCUACCAAAAGCUCGAGCGUUCUAUGCAGUAUGUUUCUCCUGCCUACUCAAUGGGGGGACCUCGGGUAACAGCAGUCCCAUACCACAAUAUUAUUAUUGGCUAAGAUAUGCAUGUACUACACAAUUGCUUGUAGGGAAUUACCAAACCAGAUUUUCGAUGACUUAAAAGGGGAUUUCCGAUGGUUCCACUGCCACCCUAGCAGACUCAACCAGUACAAAAGUAAACAUAUAAAAUGUAUAGCGGAAAUCUUAUAGAACUGGAAUUUCCAGAAACCUGUAUUCAGAGGCGUUACCAUUUUAUUCGCAUAUAGUAAAUAUUAUAUGUACGUGUAUUGAAAUGUAAUAACAUUAGUAAAUAAUAUUUUAAAUAAAUUUUGCGCACCUAAUAAAAAUGUAAUCAGACCCCCUUUAUCG